UAUAUUUCGGGCAGUCCUCGCUGAAUCGUCCAGAAACCACCAAUGUCGUUGUGAGACGGAAGCGCCCGUACAGAAUUCGUCAUCGUUCAUUUCUUUUUUUUCCAAGAUGCGUGUCCCGAUUCUGCUUGUGUUUUUCCCGUGCUUGAUCAUAUUCGUGAAAGCACAAGUACCACCACCUAAUGUGCACCUGGAGAAGAUUUCAACUUUGUACGUUCCGUCGCGGUACAAUUCUCACGAUUACCCGGAAUUCAAGCUUGGAAGGCAUGCCGCAGAACAGCUUGCUUACGAUCCUGCACAAAAAAUCUUAUACGUGACAGGCGAAGAAAGGCUGAAUGUGGUUGAUCUUUCCAACCCAUCGGAUCCGAUAAUGCUGUACCGGAAACAGUUUGUCAAAAUGGAUCCGACAGAUGUAGAAUACUGCGGAAAUCACGUGUUUGUUUCCGUUGCUAACGACGAGAAACCGGAAGAUGGAAAAGUAUUGGUGUUCCGGAAGUACAACAGACGACAUAACACGAUGCCCAUUGUGCUCGAGGUUGUCGUUGGUCCCUCUCCAAAUAUGCUGCUCCCAACCAUAAACUGUCAAAAGGUACUCGUGGCCCUAGAGGGGGAGGCAUUCGCCAGGGGCGGGAAUCUAAUUGACCCAGAGGGCGCCAUUGGUCUCCUCAAAUUCCCUUCCAGUUACAUAUCCGACACAACUUACAGCUACAAAGUGUUGGAUUUCCGCAGCUUUAACGACAAAUACCCAAUACUAGCAAGAAGUGGCGUUCGCUAUGUCUACAAAGAAAAUGGAAACACCCUGGCGCAGGAUUUAGAACCAGAACAUAUUACAUUCAGUGCAGAUGAAAAGAAGGCUUACAUCAGUUUGCAGGAAAAUAAUGCAAUUGCUGAAGUCGACAUGGUAUUAGAAACUAUCACCGAUCUUCGCGGACUUGGAUUCAAAGAUUGGACAAAAUACAAACUGGACCCCAGUGAUGAAGAUGGAGGUAUCAAUAUCUACCCCUAUCCUAUAUACGGUAUGUACCAACCUGACGCCAUUCGAACAGUUACAAUUGGUGGGAGGGAGUACAUUGUAACAGCCGACGAGGGCGACAGCAAAGACUACUCAGGACUGAAACUGACGACUUCCGGAUUUGAUGAGACUAAGCGGGUCAGGGAUAUCACACUCGCUAACAAUUCUGAAGUACUCCAAUGGGCCAGAAAGCGAAAGAUACCAAGCAUUCAACAUGAUGCUUUGUUAGGCAAACUUUCCGUUUCAACACAAGAAGGACGUCUAAGAGAUGGCACGUAUGACAAACUGUAUUCCUAUGGAGGGCGUGGCUUUUCUGUCCUACGAUCUGACACAAUGGAGCGUAUUUACGACAGCGGAUCGAUCGUGGAAGAAUCCCAUGCGAUGCAAUUUCCCAAACUGUUCAACUCCUAUGCCAAAUCAUCUGUAAAUAUUACAGACACACAGGACAGUCGUUCUGACAGCAAGGGACCAGAGUGCGAAAGUUUAGCUGUAGCCUAUUCCGGAACAAGAGUUAUUGUAUUUGUCGGCUGCGAACGGCCUGGCACCAUUAGUAUCUACUCCUUCAACAGUAACAUGACUGAGGGGACAUUGGAAAGCAUAAACAGUGGCGCCAAGACCGUCCUCGGGACGUGGGGCGAAGCAUUUGAUGGUGGAUUACUGACGGAUAUGGAUACGGAUGAUAUUAAAUACCUCCCUCCAUUCCAAAGCCCGACGGGUCAGCCAUUGUUGGUGGUUACUGGAUCAGAUACCGGGACAGUGUCGCUCUUCCACGUGCGUGGAUUGGACAAUCCUUUACCAAAUCCACGAGUCAAUUCUAGGGUUCCAGUCAAACCUCUUCAAAGCUCACCUCUCCCAGAAUCAACCCCUAAAUCUUCAACAAAAACCAGUUCAGCAAGCCCCAGUAAAAGUCGUCAAGGAAAGAAACUUCGUGGCAGAAAACAAAACAAAACAAGAAACAACAAGUUUACCCAACGUAAUAACAAAAGAAACAAUAAAAUUAAAGCCAGCAGGAAAAACAAUAGAAUUAAAGCCAGCAGGAAAAACAAUAGAAUUAAAGCCAACAGGAAAAACAAUAGAAUUAAAACCGGCCAGAAAAACAAUAGAAUUAAAGCCAGCAGGAAAAACAAUAGAAUUAAAACCGCCCAGAAAAACAAACAGAAAAACAAACAGAACAUCAAAAAGAAAACCGGUCUUUCUAGGAAGGCCAAAGGACGUCCAAAGAGAACCAAAGCGACGAAAACAACGUCAAAAACAAAAGCAGGUAAAAAAGCAAAAGCAAACAAACCGAACAGCAAAGGAGCCAAAGGGAAAGGGCAAAGGUCAAAUAAAGGGACGAAAUCAAAACAGGGGAAGAAAUCGAAAACAAAAUCCAAGAAAGUCUAAGAGUAAAGUGUGAUUGCCUCUAUAGACAAACGGUGGUUUCAACAUGAAUAUAACAAUUCUCAGAGAUUUUCUGUCAUAUUAUGUAUUUGUACGUUUUGGAAUGAGUAUAUAAAUUUACUGUUUUAACGUC